AUGCCAUACCGAGUGCGGACCAGAUUCGUAUAACGACGUCUUUGAAAAGCCAAAGAGGGUCAGUGUGGACAAAGAACAAGUCAAUAUUUGAAUUUUGGGAAGUCGAAGUGACCUUUCGAGUUACUGGACGAGGCCGCAUUGGAGCUGAUGGAUUGGCAAUCUGGUUCACAGAAGAGCAAGGCUUGGAAGGUCCUGUUUUUGGGGCAGCUGACAAAUGGAAUGGCGUUGGAAUUUUCUUUGAUUCCUUUGACAAUGAUGGAAAGAAAAACAAUCCUGGUGUGAUCGUUGUAGGAAACAAUGGAAAACUUCUGUACGACCAUCAGAAUGAUGGUUCCACGCAAGCACUGGCAUCCUGUCAGAGGGACUUCCGUAACAAGCCCUAUCCUGUUCGAGUAAAGAUAAUUUACUACCAAAAAACACUGACUGUAUUAAUUAACAAUGGCUUUACUCCGGAUAAAGACGACUAUGAAUUUUGUGCCAAAGUGGAAGAUAUGGUGUUGCCACCACAAGGAUAUUUUGGAGUAUCUGCAGCAACAGGGGGACUUGCAGAUGAUCAUGAUGUCCUGUCUUUUCUGACCUUCCAGUUGACCGAGCCUGGGAAGGAAGUACCAACACCAGAUGCAGAAAUUCCUCAAAAAGAUAAAGAGAAGUAUCAAGAAGAGUUUGAACACUUUCAGCAAGAAUUGGAUAAAAAGAAAGAAGAAUUUCAAAAGGAACAUCCUGAUGUGCAAGGGCAGCCAGCGGAUGAUAUUUUUGAAACUGUAAGUGAUCGAGAACUGAGGCAGAUCUUUGAGGGGCAGAAUCGAAUUCAUCUUGAAAUCAAACAGCUUAACAGGCAAUUGGACAUGAUCCUGGAUGAGCAGAGGAGAUACGUCUCUGCAGUCACAGAUGAGAUUGCUAAAAGGGGAGCUGGUGUUCCAGGUCAACAAGGACAGGGUUCCCAGCAAGAGAUUGAGACAGUUGUGAAAAAUCAAGAAGAGGUCAUUAGACAAGUAAAUGAAAUGAGAAAUUCCAUGGCUGAUACUCUGAGAUUGAUCAGUGGAGCUCAACAUCCUGGCUCUGCUGCAGGAGUCUACGAAACAACGCAGCACUUCAAUGACAUCAAAGAACACCUUCACGUCGUAAAGAGGGACAUUGAGCAUUUAGUACAGCGAAAUAUGCCUUCUAGUGAGAAAUCAAAGUGUCCAGACUUGCCACCGUUUCCAUCGUGCUUAUCUACAAUGCACUUCUUCGUAUUUGUAGCAGUGCAAACAGUGCUAUUCAUUGGUUAUAUCAUGUAUAGGAGUCAACAAGAAGCAGCAGCUAAAAAGUUCUUUUGAUGACCUGUUCCUUUUGUGUGUACAUAACAGCAGUAUGUAUGCACAGAAAAUUAGACACUUCUGUAAAUGAGGGAAAUUUUAGUGUUUGAUAUACUUCAAUAUUGUAAAUUAUUGAAUUUUGUUUAAAAAAAAGUUCUCAUGCAAACGAUUAAUGCUAAAGUCAAAAACGGACUGGGGAGCAGCAGAGCAAAUGCUAGGUAGGGGAAUACUGCACAUCCUGUCUAAGGCUUUGUUUUCAGCUAACUUCCCCAUAAAUACUGGAAAGCAAAUGCUGUAUUCCUCUUCUUCUGUUAACAUUUCCGAGGAGGGAAUUGAA